CGCAAUUACAAGAACAGACCCCCGCCAUCCCAACCGAGAUGUUUUGUCGGCUAGGCUGCGCAAAAUGCAGGGGAACAAAUUCGAACAUACAGGGGAUGAAGGAGACCUUGACAUAGCAUGGGUAUGGGCGAUGGACGGAAUGGACAAAACAUCACGGAACACGAUCGACUAUGCAACCGCAUGCAGCAGUAUCCUCACCAUGCGGCAUGAAUUAAAGAGUUUAUACGGCCGGUACAGAUUCCCUGGUGGGGAUUCGUACAGGAGAUAUGAGCGGCUAGGUAACAUGACCGACCUCAACCAAGCAAUUGUCCAGGUGGAAAAGGCGAUCCAAGAAUAUACUCCAGGAAACCUCGUUCGGUCAGACAUGCUGACCAUCUUGAGCCUCUGGUUGUUGGAAAGGUUUGACGGGCUUGGUGACAUGAAUGAUCUGGAACUGGCUGCGAGGACAAAUGAAGAAAUAGUGACACAGGGCCCUAGAGGUGGCCUAGAAUAUGUCACGGCACUUGUAGUCUCCGGAAGUAUAUUUUUCAAAAGGUUUAAGCGGAUAGGAGACCUUGGAGACCUUCAAAAAGCUAUCGAGCACGGCGAAGAGGCACUGGCUGCCACCCCGCAGGAUCCCCCCAACAGAGCAAUCUGGCAGAGCAAGCUGGCAGCCUGGUUGGAGGCGAGGUUUGAGCGGAUAGGAGACCUUGGAGACCUUCAAAAAGCUAUCGAGCAUGGCGAAGAGGGACUAGCUGCCACCCCGCAGGAUCACCCCAGCAGAGCAACAAGGAAAAUCUACCUGGGAACCUG